AUGUCUCAAUACCCUCCUCCCGGCCAGCAGCCCUACUACGGCUCUCCCCCGCCUCCCCAGGGCGGCUACCCUCCCCAAGGCUACCCUCCUCCCGGCCAGCAGCCCAUGUACUACCCUCCCCAGGGCCAGGCUCCCCCUCCCCAGGAGGAGAAGAAGGACGACAAGGGCUGCCUCUACGGCUGCAUCGCCACUCUCUGCUGCUGCUGGCUCUGCGGAGAGACCUGCGAGUGCUGCCUCGAGUGCCUGACCUGCUGCUUCUAA